AUGUGGCACCAUGCAUUACAAUGCUUCGCGCCGCUGACAUGUGACUGCACUGCUACGGCCAGCUCAUACCGAACUAACAAAUUGGCUGAUGAAACUGCAGUGUUUGGCCUCAUUAACAAUGCUGACGAGGCGGUGUACAGAGAGGACAGUGGUUCAGGUAUCAACGUGGAUAAGGCCAAGGCGUGGAGAGCGUUACGAGCAGCAAAAGUCCAGUGGAGUGCUGUCUUGAUGAUGGAGUUGGCUUCUCUUCUCAUCUUGGUCUCAGCGGCCCGGUCCAUCUGCCACCCGACCAACAGCACCAUCUCCGCGGAGAAGGACAACUGCCCCUUCUGUGUCGUCCUGACCACCACCGUGUGCAGUGGCUAUUGCCUGACCAAGGAGUCAGUGUACAAGAGCCCGCUCCUGUCGGUGUACCAGCAUGUGUGCACUUACAAGGAGUUGCGGUACGAGACCAUCAAAUUACCGGGCUGCCCCGAGGGCGUGGACUCCAGCUACACCUACCCCGUGGCGGUCAGCUGCGAAUGUAACCUCUGCAGAAUGGAUUACACCGACUGUACCCGGCAGAGCAUCAAGCCCGACUUCUGCAGUGCCAGGAGGCUGCCGCUGUGA